AUGCGAGCCGUUCCAUCAACCUAUCACCUCUGCGUCAAAUUUCCGACCCCAGGAGGAAUAAAGACGCUCUGGGGGGACCAGAAGGAAUCGCGGAUAUGCUUCAUGUCCGAACAUAAAACCGACGAACCAUCCUGCGAUGCCGUGAUCCAAGUUUGCAUUGACGAGGAACACCCAGAACGCUGCGUAGUGAUUGGAGCUCAACAUGAAGAAACAUUGAGAGCGGAAUUUUUCGCGCUUCUAAAGGAAAACAUCAACGCCUUUGCGUGGACCGCGGAAGACAUGCCAGGAAUUGAAAUAAACAUAACAUGUCACGAGCUGAAUGUCGAUCCAACGUUCAAGCCAGUCAAGCAGAAGAGACGGAAGCUAGAAGCAGAGCGAGUUAAAGCUGUGAAUGAUGAAGUAGAGCGACUUCUGAAAGUUGGAUCGAUUGCCGAAGCAAAAUACCCAGAUUGGCUCGCCAACCCUGUUGUUGUGAAGAAGAAGAAUGGAAACUGA